GCUACACGGACAUUAUUUUAUGAAACACAGGAAGAGCUCUGGCUUGGCAAUGAAAAAAAUGGCUGAAUGCAGGUGUUUCUUGUAUUUGAAAAUAUUUACUUUACUUUUUCUCCACUUAUUGCCAGCUGCUGGUGAUCACAUUGAGGCAAAAGCAGCCACAUUCUUCAGCAGUGGACAUACCAAUAACUGGGCUGUUUUGGUGUGCACAUCCAGGUUCUGGUUUAACUACCGACAUGUGGCCAACACUCUCUCAGUGUACCGGAGUGUAAAGAGGCUGGGUAUCCCUGACAGCCAUAUUGUGCUGAUGCUGGCAGACGACAUGGCCUGCAGUCACCGAAACCCUAAGCCUGCCACGGUGUUCAGCCACAAAAACAUGGAGCUGAACGUUUACGGAGACGACGUGGAGGUGGAUUAUCGGGGAUACGAGGUUACCGUGGAGAACUUCCUCCGCGUUCUGACCGGGAGGCUGCCGACGAGCACCCCUCGGUCCAAACGGCUGCUGUCCGACGACCGCAGCAACAUCCUCAUUUAUCUAACCGGUCACGGAGGAAACGGUUUCUUGAAGUUCCAGGAUUCUGAGGAAAUAAGUAACGUGGAGCUGGCCGACGCGUUCGAGCAGAUGUGGCAGAAAAGAAGAUACAACGAGCUGCUGUUCAUCAUCGACACCUGCCAGGGGGCCUCCAUGUACGAGAGGUUCUACUCCCCAAACCUCAUGGCCUUGGCCAGCAGCCAAGUGGGGGAAGACUCCCUCUCGCACCAGCCCGACCUGGCCAUCGGCGUGCACCUGAUGGACAGGUACACCUUCUACCUGCUGGAGUUCCUGGAGGACAUCCACCCUGCCAGCCAGGCCAACAUGAAUGACCUGUUUAAGGUAUGCCCAAAGAGUCAGUGUGUGUCCACACCGGGCCACCGUACUGACCUGUUCCAGAGGAAUCCUGAAAGUGUCCUCAUCACGGACUUCUUCGGUAGCGUCCGCAAGGUGGAGAUCACCAUGGAGACCGUCAAUCUCACAUCACCCAUAAUUCCUCUGGAGGAUCAGUCUGCGAUGGGAGGGCGAGCGACUGAAGCCCAGUCUUACGUGGACCAACUGCCUGUCGCCCAAAUUAUUCAUCAGAAACCCAAGCAGAAGGACUGGCACCCGCCCGAUGGCUUCAUCCUGGGCCUCUGGACCCUCAUCCUGCUGGUGUUCUUCAAGACCUACGGCAUCAAGCACCUCAAGCACAUCUUCUGAGCCUUCCUCAGGAGCACUUGGGGGGUGUGUCCUGGGGCUGUGCACCCCCUGCACUGGACUGCUUUCUGGUUUUUUAGUCCCCCCCUCCACCCCUCCCACUGGUCUCGGUUUUGAUGGGAACGCACAAAUGGGUUUUGAUGGGAACGGGUGAGGUGGUAUGAUUUGCGCACCGGUGGGCACUCUGAUGGACUUCCCCCACAGGAGACCCCGUUGAGACGGGCGUGGAUGUUAGUUUGCCCGUUUUGAGACGACGGCUUGCUGGGGGCCUCCGCUCCUCGUCCUUGGUGCCCUUCGUGUUCGUUCGCUGAAAGGACUAGUCUGAAAGGGAGGGAGGGAAGCAGCAAUGUGAGCAGCAUUAAAGCCUUGCGUAGCCGCAGGCAGAUAAGGCUCAGAGGAGCAGCCGGGCUGUGGCACGGAACAGGGGCACCGUGUGGGUUUUUUUUUUUUACCAUCAAACGUUAUUUAUUAAGGCUCCCGUGAUAAUUUUUAUGUACUUCCCGUUCGCAAUUUUAUUUUCCUUCUCGUAAUUUAUUGUCUGCCAUUUUGUGUGUCCUGUGCCUUUGUUCUGGGUCAGACGGUGCGACCCAACUCCCUCCCUGCCGCUUGGGGUAAACAUUCAAAGAUGUAAAUUUAAUUUCACUGAAAGCUUCCCUUUUUAUGUAUUUCUGCGCUAACCUUGUACGUAAGUGCGAGGGAAAUACGUGUGGCCUCUAUGAAAUGCACUGUGUCUGGGGAGCGCGAGGCUAACAGGGUUCUGAAUGUUUCAUUUCGUGUGGGAGAGAAACUGCAUUACAUCAAGCCUCUAAAGCAUAUGGAGAAUGACGCUCUCGUUUACCUCUGUGAUGGAUAAUCCCUUCGACCUGCUCCAGAUUUUUUUCCCCCCAUUUGCAAAUGAUCUUUGGCCUAAACAGCCUGUCCACAACAUUGCGGGGCAGCGGCUAACGUGACGGAUAUGCAGGGCGGGAGUGGCGGUUAGCCCUACUUCAUUAUAUUGUUUGUGACAGCGGUGGUAUUGACAAAUUGGCCGAAAGGUGCUCUCUGGCACCAGUCAGGUUCCUGUCCAGUGAAAUCGUGAAUGAGGGGCUACAGUGGCCUGUCAGUGAUUAGCAUUUCUCUCAUUCACAAUCCAUACAGGCCUGUACCAUGUUUGUUUAGUUUUUGCAUGUGUUGUGCUCAGACUACUGUGUAUUGAGACCUCUGUGGAAUUAAGAUGAAAGAUGAAUUGAAAUUAAAGCUGCAUUUAAGAAUACAA